GUCCGAGAGCGCAAGCGCUCCAAACGGCCGGACGCUUGAGCCGGGACCAGGAGCGCGCUGACGCAGCCGGUCAACAUUUCGCCCGCUUUAUUACCUCCUUGUGUCUGCUCUUGAGUCGUUAUUGGUCUGGAGUCUGGAGCACAGCCAGCAGGUUAGGGAGUGACGUCUUCUUUUCAUGGAUAUUUGGAGCGGCGGCUCGAUUUCUGGAAACGGAUCGUCAGGGGAGAGUCUCGCCACCCCCCCCAUGUGAGGAUGCGCCGUUUCCACAAGCUCCGGAAAUCGCUUCCUUUCCUCGCGCGUUUUCACGCGUACAGCGAACCUCGGUGCAAGCUGGUGACCCCAUUGGCCGUCUGUUGUUGAUCGCUGAUGCUGUGGGCAGAGCUGAGCACAGUGUGUGAUCUGCACACGCUCAGAGGUGGAAGGGACUCUGUGAAAAACACAGCUAAGUUUCUUAACAAAGAUUUUCUCAUGACAUUCUUUCAUGUUCUGUCACUUUUUUGACAUCUGGCAGGAAAUGAGUGAGAGAUUUUGGGGUGGGAGGAAGAGUAGGGACAGAGAGAGAGAGGGACUGGGUGAGAUUCAUGUGUUUUGGAACAAUAGUGGGCAGAGUGAGUGUGUGAGAAAGCGAGUGAGAGAGAGAAUAUGAAUUGAAGCACAGAAGUAUAGUUGAGAUUCUCAGAUGCAGAGAUUUGAGUGGUAGUUGAGCCCCGCCCAGCUGAAUGACAGGGUCAAGAGUUCAAGUGACAAAUUGGAGAUGCUUCCUUGGACUGUGUGCCACAUUCAGGAUGGGUGGAGGUUACUGAUCACUACUAAUUGUGUGGUGAGUAGUGUGUGUGUGUGCGUUUGUGUGUGUGUGUGUGUGUGUGUGUGUGCUCGUAUAUGUUCACAGUGGUCUUUACAGACGUGCAGCUGAGUUUUUGCAGAAGUGCAUUCCACCUCACUUGUUAGUUCUUUCAGCAGCGGGAAGCGAUUCUUUAACCUCUAACUUGACGGCUGGAAGUGGAAGAGAGGGGCAGUCAAGACCCUGCUGACCUCUGACCUCUGCUUGCAUCACAGCUGGAAUCCGCUUGGAUAAAAGGAGGUUCUGUGUCUGUAUCUUUAGAGCAUGUUUGGGCGGGGGGUGCAGGGUGACUGAACUGACGCCCCUGGUCUCUGCACUGGGCAGGGACACGCUUCCGUUCCGCUGAGACUGAGGUGCGUUGGGAAGCUGGGCAGCAGCAUGCAGUCGGACGAGGGAACAGAUUGGCUCCUGGAGCUCCUGACGGAGGUUCAGCUGCAGCAGUACCUACUGCGUAUCCGUGACGACCUCAACGUCACACGCCUCUCGCACUUUGACUACGUGAAGAGUGAGGACCUGGAGAAGAUCGGGAUGGGGCGACCAGGCCAGAGACGGCUGUGGGAGGCAGUCAAGAGAAGGAAAGCUCUGUGCAAGCGCAAGUCCUGGAUGAGCAAGGUGUUCAGCGGUAAGAGGCCAGACUCCGAGCUCCAGCCCCAGCCCGUCUCCUCUUUCCGUAAGCCGUCCCCCACCCCGCCCCCCGCUGAGGGCCAGCAGGCCCUCACCUGCCUGAUCAGCGACAGGGACCUGACGCUGCUGGAGAAGCUGGGCGAUGGUUCCUUCGGCGUGGUCAAGCGCGGUGAGUGGGUGGCGCCCACAGGGAACGUGCUAAACGUGGCGGUGAAAUGUCUGAAGUCCGACGUGCUCAGCCAGCCAGACGCCCUGGAUGACUUCAUACGGGAAGUGAACGCCAUGCACUCGCUGGACCACCAGAACCUCAUCCGGCUAUAUGGUGUUGUCCUCACGCCCCCGAUGAAAAUGGUGACGGAGCUGGCCCCUCUGGGCUCCUUGCUGGAUCGGCUGAGAAGGCACCAGUGCCACCUGCUCAUCUCCACGUUGUGUCACUACGCCAUCCAGAUCGCCAAUGGCAUGGCCUACCUGGAGUCCAAGCGCUUCAUCCACCGCGACUUGGCCGCCCGCAACAUCCUGCUGGCCUCCAAGGAGCAGGUGAAGAUCGGGGACUUCGGCCUCAUGAGGGCGCUGCCCAAGAACGACGACCACUACGUCAUGCAGGAGCACCGCAAGGUCCCCUUUGCCUGGUGCGCUCCAGAGAGCCUUAAGACACGCACAUUCUCUCAUGCCAGUGACACCUGGAUGUUUGGGGUGACGCUGUGGGAGAUGUUCACCCACGGCCAGGAGCCCUGGGUGGGCCUCAACGGCAGUCAGAUCCUUCAUAAGGUGGAUAAGGACGGGGAGCGGCUGCCCAAACCUGAGGACUGUCCCCAGGACAUCUACAACGUGAUGCUGCAGAGCUGGGCUCAGAAGCCUGAUGACAGACCCACCUUCAUCGCUCUGCGCGAGUUUCUGAUCGAGACGAUGCCCACAGACAUGAGGGCACUGCAGGACUUUGUAGAGCCGGACAAACUGCUCAUCCAGUUAAACGACGUCAUCACCAUCAUCGAGGGCAGGGCUGAGCACUACUGGUGGCGCGGACAGAACAAGCGGACCCUGAAGGUGGGCCAGUUUCCCAGGAACGCAGUGACCUCGGUAGCUGGCCUGUCAGCCCACGACAUCAGCAGGCCACUCAAGCACAGCUUCAUUCACACGGGCCAUGGAGACUCCAACCCCCAACGCUGCUGGGGCUUCCCUGACAAGAUUGACGACCUUUACCUGGGCAACCCCAUGGACCCUCCAGACGUUCUGGGAAUGGACCCGACAGCCGCCAGACCCACUCAGCUGCCGGGACGAGCUAAAAAGGAGCCCCCUCCACGGCCCCCCCAGCCAGCAAUGUUUCUGAAGAAAGCCUGCUACGAGACGGUUCAUGAUGAUGAUGAAUCUGCAGCCUCAGGCCUGACGAGGCUCACUCUGAAGAGCCCGGGGGCUAUGAUCCGAGGACUGAGACUCAAACCUCAAACCGUGCAAGGGGAUGGUGCCCGGACUGAGGGGCCUCUCAUAGACUUUGACGAGGAGAUCUUCAUCUCCGCAACUCCUUCCCCAAUGACAGAACUGCACCCUCCUGCUGCACCCAAACUGGCCCCUAGCCCACUGCCUGACUUCCUCCUGGACACCACGCCCCCCCAGAGUCCCACUGGCCUCUUGAACCCCACCCUGGUGGUAGACUGGGAUACCAAACCCCUGCCCGCGCCCCCCGCGUACGACGAUGUGGCCCAGGACGAGGAUGAUGUGGAGGUGAGCUCCAUCAAUGAGGCUGAGCGGAAGGGUGGGGGGGAACAGGGUGGAACGUCGGAGGCCACGUCCCCAGAGGGCGUGAUGGGCGGGGACAAGCCACCGGUGGAGGACAACCUCUUCGUCCCCACCAGACAGGGUGGAAGUCGCAGCUUCUCCCAGUCAGCAGAAAUCUUCCAGGAGCUGCAGCAGGACUGCAUGAGGAGGCUCAACGUCCCGGUGAGCUCCUCCCUGCCCCCAUCCCCCACCCCCCCCGGCAUGGAGGCCCCCCACCGGCAGAUCAUCCUGCCUUUCCCCCAGGACAAGCCCCAGAUCCCGCCACGGAUUCCCAUCCCACCACGCCCCAGCAGGCGCGGGGACUGCGCCUACCGGUCCCGGGACGUGUCCCCCUCCUCUGGGGGUGAGGGGGACAACAAGGACAGGCCCCCCCUGCUCCCUCCCCGGGACAUCCUGUCCCAGCCCAGCUCCCGCGCCCCCAGCCCCCUGGGCCCCCACGUUGGGUCCCCCCAGCAGAGGGUCGGGCUGUGCUCUGCCCUGUCCCUGGGGUCCUGCUGCCUGUCCACCUCCCCGAACAGCAGGCCCAUGCCCACCACGCAGAGCUUUGCCUCCGACCCCAAAUACACCGCCCCCAAGGUGAUCCAGGCGCAGGAAAAGGAGAGCGCUCGGGCGCCCUGCAUCCUCCCCAUUGUCCGGGACGGCAAGAAGGUGAGCAGCACCCACUACUACCUCCUGCCCGAACGGCCGCCUUACCUGGACAGAUACGACCGCUUCUUCAGGGAGGCCGAGAACCCUGAGGACAGACGGUCGGCCAACACCGCCACCGUGCGACCCAUGAUGCACCAGGGCAACUUCAAGGACAACUUCUCCUCCAAUAACAACAGCAGCCUGAAGGACUUGCAUCACAUGAAGACCUCGCAUGGCAUGCCCUGGAUGAGCAAUGAUGGACAAGCCGGGAUUUUAGACACUAUCAAACAGGUGCAGGAAGCAGUGCAUGGAGUGACAAUAGAGGAGUGUCAGACAGCACUGCAAAACUAUGGCUGGAACAUACAGAGGGCAGUCCAGUACCUGAAGGUGGAGCAGCUGUUCUGUUUGGGCCUGAAGACCCGGACAGAGUGCCAGAAGGUUCUGGAGAUGCACGACUGGAACCUGGAGCGGGCCAGCACCCAGCUGCUGGAUUCAUACAGCUCUGUGCGGCAGAGGCGAUGACACCGUCAUUUGGGAAGGUCGCCUUUGGGCCUAUACCCCAUGACUGACUCGAUAAGAGACAGGAGCCCUGUCCGAGGCCCUUUCCCCAUGUACAAACGCCACUGCUACUGCCGUCGCCCCUGCUGCUUCUUGAGAGACGUCGUGUCCUGUGACCUCCAACCCCACCGCGACCCUGUUCCUUGGCACUCGGGGGGUGCAAAGCAAGGGGUUGGGUGGGUGGCGCCUCCGGAUUCUGACCUUGGAUCAGUUUAAAUGUUUUGCACAAAACGGGUGGGGAAGGCUUGCUGGCUCUUGUUUCGGAUCAGUGGAAGCCAGUUCAUGUUGAGUAGAGAUGCUGCUGUUCCUCAGCUCCUCAGCUCCCUGGCUUUUCAUAGUCGUGGGUGAACAUAUUUGAGGUGGUGAAAGACACGCAUGUCCGUGUAGAUACAUGCUACAAUUUCAGUUUGUAUAAUUGCAUCAAAUAUUUAUGUUCUUUGCACAUUUCAUUUUAUUUAAUAGUUUAAUUGCAGGAUAAUAUUGUAAUUGACUGGAGUCUUUUUUGGGGGUCUGUCUACGUUGUUUCCCUUUUCCUUUAACUGACCAUCCCAGUUGAAAUCAGAGGUACUGUUUAAAGCUUAUUUCUGACUGUGGGUUGAGCGGGAGUUUGUCUCUUCCACCGAGACUCUAUUCUGGCUCCAUUUACCUAUCAACGAUCGACAGUUUCACACCAUUCAGCACUUUUUCUCAUCUCACAGACUUCUCGGCUGGUCAUGGUCUAUAACUAGGGAUAUGUUGUAUAACUUUUUACAGAGAACGAAAAACCGUUACAGUCAAACCUAAUAUUUAAAGGGAAUCAAAAUACAGCACCAUAACACUCAAGAUACUAAAGGUGUAAAAAAAAAAAAACUACCUGGAGGUUUUUUUUUUCUUCAAAUAAAUGGUUACGCUCUGCUGCUUAGUAACAUUAAUAAAACUCGGUAGUGGUUGCAAUGGCUUUUUAAUAUUUAAUCAGCUGACGUAAUUUAGUUUGUAUCCUAAGGACAGUUCAACCUCAUGAUCAUCUAAAGGUCAGGAGUUCAUGUUUUCAAAGUUGUGGCUUAAGAGAUAAGAAAUACUUCAGGAUCUUGUGUAAAUAGACCAGUACUGUAUGUUAGAUAGAAAUGCCUGCUAAGCCAUAUUCUUCUCAUUCUCACAAGCUUGUAUGCAUGGAUCCAUAUCCUUGCCAGAUGGGUUCAGAGUAGAUGCUGUAUAGAUGCUAAAUGAGGCUCACCCCUCCCACUGUGGAGGGAUCCAUGCCUCCCACACAUACGGUACUCCAGUGAUCAAACUUUUUUUCUCUGAGACACUUUAUGACUACAGACUCCAGACUGUAUUUACAGGUAAUGCCAGUAAGCAAGAGUUUCCAGCAGUCAGACUAACCAUUUAAAGACAAAUCACAUGAAUAUGGUCAAACCCAGACUGAAAAGAAGGGACAGAUAUUUUCCCCCAUUGUCAAACUCUUUAGAUCUAAAAGGCUAUAGCCCUAAAUCCAGCUCAGGUCUUAAUGGUUUGAUUGGAGUCAUUUGAACUUGCCCUGGAGCUCAUAACGCCUCCUGGUCUAGAGGCAUCUCUUAAAACCUCAGGGCCAUGGGUCUGGAAGGACCAGGUGUGGAUGCCUGGAUUUGCCUUGUUACUACUGGGGAAUGACACUGAAUGUUGGUUCUGUGUGAGGCAGCAGGUUAUAGUGUUUGAAUCAAGCCUGAAGCACUAGAUUCCGGAUUCUCUCUCUGGUCUCUCAAUCUUCUUCAAGUUGUGAACCAGAUUAAUGUGAACUUGAGGUGUUACCAAAAAAACUGGUCUUCCUACAGCAUGCUCAAGACGCUUCUGUGUACUGUGCGCGCACACUCCCAACAUGUACAGAUGAUAUGUUGUAUACAUAAAACGGUUAUGAAACUGAAAUUUAAAUUCAAUUUAGAAAUGUGCCAGUCAUCGCUGCAGAUCUGAAAUAUAUAUGUACAUUAUUUUGUAUUAAAGGAAAACUUUUUUUAAAGAAAUAUUCUGCAUUUCUUAGGUUUUUCCCCAUCACAUAGUGAGCUCCACAAUGUUUGGAACAAAUACAUUUUUUUCUUGAUUUGGCUCUAUACUCCACAAUUUUAGAUUUGUAAUCAAAAAAAUUCCAAUGUGGUUACAGCGCAGAUUCUCAGCUUUUAUUGAAAGGUAUUUUUAAAAAAUAACAUUUUAUGUAGAAAUAACAGCAAUUUAUUUUUAUAUACAUGGUCCCUCCCCUCCCCUCCAUUUCAGGGCAGCAUAUGUGGGACAAAUGGCUUCACAGGUGUUUCUGAUUAGUCAGGUGUGUUCAGUUGCUAUGUUCGUGCAGGCAUAAGAGAUUUCAGUAUCUAAUCUUUAUUCUAGCAUUUGUCAACAGGAGGACUGGAGUCGUGCCAAUGAAAGUCAAGGAAGCUAUUAUGACGCUUGAGAAAUAAGGGAAAAAAGAGACAUAGGCCAAACUUUAGACUUGGAACAUUGAGGGAGAAGGGAGCACUGGUGAGCUCCAUAAUUGCAAAGGGCGUGGUAGCCCAAGGGAGGCCUCUACAGUUUAUGACCGUAGAACAGCUCACCAGAGGCAGGUGUUGAGUCAGUGACUACCAUCUGCAGAACUAGAGGCUACACUGCAAGAUGCAAACCAUGACUUAUUUACAGAACAUUAAUAUGUCCCAAAUAUUAUGGCGCCCUCUAAUGGGGGGGGGGGGCUAUGUAUAAAAACUGCUGCAUAAAAAAGCAAACUGUAUAAGAAAUACCCUUAAAUAAAAGCUGAGACUGUUGACUUUAA